AUGAUUCACCAAUGUCUUUCUAAGCCUACAUCAAUCUCUUCUCCUUCUCCUUUUUCAAUCUCGACAUUUCUUCAUCCACGUCCUUACUUUUCCAAUUACGAAAAUUGCUCUUUUCCUUCAUCCUCUUCUUCAAAAUCGCAUGCGAGAAUUGCUAUUAGGUGUGAAUCUUUGGAGUUAAAGAAUGAUAAGGUGGUAGAGGUGGAAUCGAAGCCUGAAUUACCCAUGAAUGACAAUUAUUCAUCAUCAUCAGCUGCCUCGAAUGGUAAUUCAAAUCCGUAUCCGGGAGGCAUGGGUCCGUACACCGGUAGAGAUCCCAAUGUGAAGAAGCCCCAGUGGCUGCGCCAGAAAGCGCCACAAGGCCACAGAUAUGAGGAGGUCAAGGAAUCUCUGUCUCGUUUGAAUCUCAACACUGUCUGCGAAGAAGCCCAAUGCCCCAAUAUAGGAGAGUGCUGGAAUGGAGGUGGGGAUGGUAUAGCCACAGCCACCAUCAUGCUUCUUGGGGAUACUUGCACACGUGGCUGCAGAUUUUGUGCAGUCAAAACCAGCAGGAACCCUGCCCCACCUGAUCCUAUGGAACCUGAGAAUACUGCUAAGGCUAUUGCUAGUUGGGGAGUUGAUUAUAUUGUUCUAACCAGUGUCGAUCGAGAUGAUCUACCUGAUGGUGGGUCUGGUCAUUUUGCUGAAACUGUUAAAGCUAUGAAGAGACUUAAUCCUGAGAUUAUGGUUGAGUGCUUGACUUCUGAUUUUCGCUGUGACUUAAAUGCCGUAUCAACUUUGACACACUCAGGACUAGACGUUUUUGCACACAACGUUGAGACUGUGAAACGCCUUCAGCGAAUCGUAAGAGAUCCCCGUGCUGGGUGA